AUGGUUCGCAAAUUCAAGACGGAACCAUCGUCGGAGGAUACGAUGCUCUCGUACCCGCUGAGAACGAGACAAAAGCGUGCCGACGACCUGACAGCAUCGAUCUCUCCGAUUCCUGGCACUAAUUCUGUCCUCUGUUCCAUUCAGCCGCCGGCCGAACCCGAGACGCCCCUGAGGCGUGCUUCUUGCGACAUCGUCCUCGUCAUCGACAUAUCCUACAGCAUGUUCUUCGAGGCUCCACUGCCCGACUCUCAAGGCUCACCUGAGUCGGCCGGUCUGAGCAUCCUAGAUCUGGUCAGGCAUGCCGCUCUUACCAUUAUCGAGACUCUCAACGAGGGCGAUCGAUUGGCUCUGGUCACAUUUGCGGGAUCUGCGAAGGUGGUGCAUGACCUGAUUCCCAUGACUGCAUACAAUAAGAAACUUGUGCAGAGAACCGUGGAGCACCUGAAAGUGGACUCUUCGACCAACAUCUGGGCUGGCAUCAAGUCCGGUCUCGACGUCUUCAAGCGUGCUUCGCCAUCCACCAAUGUUCAAGGACUCUACCUCCUUACGGACGGUCAACCGAAUCUUGGAUGUCCUUCCAAGGGCUACGCCGCGGCGCUGAAGCCAUUGCUUGCUCAACUUGCACAGAUGAACCAGCAAGUCCCCACUAUUCAUACGUUUGGCUUCGGCUACGAUAUUCGUUCCGGCUUACUUCAGACCGUUGCAGAGAUUGGAUUGGGAAGCUAUGCUUUCAUUCCGGAUGCCAGCAUGAUCGGAACUGUCUUCGUCCACGCUGUCGCCAACUUGUACUCGACAUAUGCAACACAGGCAGUGCUUACCAUCUACUCUUCCGACAACUCUCGCUUGGUCUGCCCGACUGUCAUGAACAUCUGCCAUGAUGAUGGUGCUACGCAUAUGCGUCUCGGAAAUCUUCAGUAUGGGCAAAGCAGAGAUAUCGUCAUCGAUCUGCCAGAGUCUGGAAGUUGCUCGAUCGAGGCUACAGUCUACUAUACGAACCCCUACGGUACAGCCUGCCACUUGGUCGUAUCAGAAUCGUGUGCCGCCGGGCCCGAUCUUCAGUAUCAUUUCCUCCGGUCCACAAUGUGUGGGUGGCUCGCAGCCUUGUUCCCCAGGCAGAACGAUGGAGAGCAUCGUGCGUACGCUUCGCCUAUCAAGCUGAAGGAAGCCAGACAGGCACUGGACGUCCUCAGCAACGCCAUGCAACCGUUCAUUGAUCACGAAGGCGUUCAUUCGCUCUAUGUGGAUGCUGUGGGUGAAGAUUUUGAAGGCCAAAUCACCCAAGCCCUGAAGCCAGCUGCGUGGAAGCGUUGGGGCCAGCAUUUCCUUCCGAGUCUCCUGCACGCAUAUGCUCGCCAGGUCUGUAACUCUUUCAAAGAUCCAGGACCAAUGGAGUUUGGCAAGAACAGUGCUCUAUUCACCCACUAUCGGGACGCGCUCGAUACGGCGUUUGAGACCCUGCCACCGCCGGUGCCUAGUAGGGCACACGUGACUGCUGGUCCGAUUGUCACCAAUUUCAGCAUGGCCAGAUUCCAUAACUCGGGAGGUGGCUGUUUCGAUGGCAAUUGCCUUGUCCGUCUUGCGGAUAAGACCAGGAUUCCGGUGAAAUGGCUGCAACAGCGGAUGCAUGUGUGGACGCCCAUGGGUCCUCGUCUAGUCAGAGCAGUCGUGAAACAAGUGCACCCGAGGAACGCACAGUCGUUCGAGCUCGUUCGAGUCGGUCAAGUCUGGCUCACCCCAUGGCAUCCGCUCCAACACAACGGCCGCUGGAUCUUUCCUGAUGAAAUCGCGGAGCAACGAAUCAAGAGUCGUGGCGACAUCUAUUCGGUUAUCUUGGAGCCGAGCAGCGACCCUGAAGCACACGCGAUUGAGGUAGGUGGCGAAACCUGCGUCACGCUCGGCCAUGGCCUCAUCGAUAAGAGCCUGUCUGAUGACGUUCGCGCCCACCCGUUCUUCGGUAACUACAACGCGGCGCAAAAUGAUGUGCAGUAUCUGCCUACAAACAAGAAAGGCCAGCACCUCUCUCAAGGUCUCCGCCGAGAUGGUCUGACAGGCUUAGUGUGUGGUUGGCUGCCUUGCAUCGAACCGCUUGCUUCCAGGCCUGCUGCUUUCCUGACGCAUCGGCUUCGAGAAUUAGAUGUGGCGGCGUGA